AUGGGCCGAUAUGAGCAGAAACAUUCCAGCAUUCCGAUAUCGGCCUCAGCUGGUUUACAGAGCGUGAUAUACGACAAUAGCACCCCAGGCGCAUCACGUGAUCCCUCCAUGGUCUGGUUGAUUGAUGUAGUGGUUAUCAUUCCAGAUUUUGAGAAGUUCAGCAGUGAAACUGUGAACGAGAUUAAAAAAUUCUGGCAACCCCGGUUCGAAUCCGGGAUCGACCUCGCUUGUCCCAUGCUCCUCUCGCGUGCAGAAUUGCCACUGGGCCCGGGGUAG